AUGCAGGCGCGCGUGCCGGAGUCCAGCCCUACCCCCGAGGGGGAUCGGCCUGUUGGCGGGAACAAACGAAAGAAGACCACUCAACCCGCCAAUCCAAGACCCUUGAGACGACCUCACCAGGAAGACCUGGAGGACAGGGUGCGGAAGCUUGAGGAGCUUCUCACACGGUCGAUCUCGACUACGCAGCACCCCAGGAAUUGUCUUUCUUUAUUGGAGAAAGGCCAUCUGGAUACUGAGCAGUCUCCGAGCUUGGCUGAAUCGACGGAGCUUCUUAUUCAGACGGAUAAUCCGGCUCCCAGUAGUGGCCUACUGUUCGGGAAGAUCCACUUUGCCGGUCACUAUCUGGGUGAGGUUCGGACAUACAGUGGUAUCCCUUGCUUCUCACAGUCCGGCCAGGAGUGGGUGCGAUCCUGUACGGGCGAGCCUGGCACAUUCGAGGAUGUCUGGUCGCACAAAUACCCAAACCAGGUCCCUCACCUGACGACUCCCCAUCCGCAGAAUGGUUACAACCACUCUGUCACACCGGACCUUCCAGACCGGUCGUUGGUGGAACAGUACGUGAGCCACUUCUUCACUUCUGGUGAACGCAUGGUCUUUCCUGUGGUGGAUGAAGUUCUUUUUCGGGAUACCGUGGAGCUCGCGUAUCGACCAUGUCAUGGGCCUCCGCCUGUGGAAUGUACCCGGUCUAGAGCAUGUAUCCUUGCAUUCCUUUCAUUCAUUGCCGAGCUUGAUCCUGCCCCAAGUCUUUCCCCGGUCGAUCCUCCGGUCUACGCUGCCAAGGCGCAAAGCCUCCUCCCGUAUAUUCUGCACGAUGUCAGUGUACCUACGUUACAGACCAUGGUCAUGCAGGCUAUAUACCGAACAUUCACAGGCGAACUACAAUUAGCCAACCAAUUUCAUUCCAUGGCAUGUCGGGUCAUGUUCAUGCUUGGUGGAGAGACAAGCGAGACGGUAGACGCGUUCCGAGAGUCCUCAAAAGAUCCCCAGGACCGAAAAUGGCGAUCUCAACGAAUGCUUCGUCGCUUAUUCUGGCUCUGUUAUGGCUUCGACAAGGAGAUAUGUUUCCGGUCCGGCCAACCGCCAGUUAUCCACGAUGAAUACUGCGAUCUCACACUUCCACCGAAUUAUACCGAAAUUCAAUACCCUAGCACAGAGGGCAAUCCUAUCCGCUACGACGACAUGACCAUACCCAUCUUUCCGGGGGAUCUACGAUUGACGAUGCUCAAGUCUAAAACCUACCGAACACUCUACUCUGCUAAAGCGCUGCGCAAGUCCGACGCCCAACUGCUACAAGAUAUCCGCGAGCUUGACGACGAACUUGAACAAUGGCGCCUAAAUGUACCACCCGGGCACCGUCCAACCCUCGGGACUUUCCAGGAACAGCAUCCGAUACCAAUAUACCGCAUGCAACCGAUUGUCAUCCGACUGGAAUAUCAUUAUAUGAUGUGCACCAUCCAUCGCGCCAGUGGUCGAUGUGAAGCCUGGGGUCAACAAUGGAGAAGUUGCCAGAACGGAAUGAUGGAGGGUGUGAAUUCAAGCAUGCUCCUAGCCGUGGAGGCUAGUCGGUCCUCGCUGCAUUUUCUUCGUACGGUCAUUGGCUCAGUGCGUCCUGAGGCUUUUUGGAUGAUUAUUUUCUAUCCCAUGUCUGCCAUCCUCACCAUAUUUUGCAGCAUUUUAGCGAACCCACUUGAUCCAUAUGUCGAAGAAGAUCUACAUCUACUGAAGGUGGUCCCGGACCUUGUCAGGGACAUGCGACGACGACGCACGUCGGAAGUAGAGAUUGCACAUAUGCAAACAGUCACGGAUUUCGUGGCUGAGUUGAUCCGACUUGGCCACUGCGCUAUUGAAAAGGCUCGUCGGAGCCAGAGGCAGCUCACCCAAUCGUGA